GGUAGAGAAAUGGAAGCAGAAACAAAAGGUAAGGGUGUUAUGAUGUUUGCCCAACGCCGCCACCGUAUGGAUGAAAUUGUGUCAGAGCAUGAAGACCUGAGAAAUAAAGGAUUACCUGUGGAGACAUUACGAGAACCCAAAUGUGAAGAAGCACAGAAUGUUUAUGACACUGGGGAAAUGUACAUGCAUACCGAUCAGGCCAACUACAUGGAUGCAAUUUGUAGGCCGCACGAAGAAUACCAAGAUAGUAUUCAACAGAUGAACCACCUAUCCAAAGUGCCAAGACCAUUGGUACCAAACAGAACUGCGAAGCCUUUCCUAGGAUUUCCCAUCAGCACAACUGCUCUUGUCAAGCCUGGUGGCGUCGUUCCAGUAACAAAGAAGCAAGAACCGAGAUUCAGAGUACCUGUACCUAGCAACACUAAUCCGCAAGUUUGGUCCCCCACUGGAGAAAUCAUAGCCUCAAGAGAUGAGCGAAUAUCUGUGCCAGCAAUAAAGGCUGGCAUCCUUCCAGAGUGUAAAAGGAGAUUCACUAAGAAACAGUCAACAAUGCUGGCACAAAAAUCAGAUAAUCACCUUCAAAACAAAGGGGAGAGGAGGUCUUUUAUUGAGGCAGAGGAAGAUUUUUUUAGUCUAGGUGCUGAAGCUUGUAACUUCAUGCAACCCAGAACAAUAAAACUCAAGAAUCCCCCUCCAGUUGCUCCAAAACCUACCAUCAACCCAGCAUGUCAACCUUGGAUGAGAAGGAGCCCAUCUUGUGAGCCAUAUAUUCAACCAAGAAGUCCAGUUUCACAACCUGCUCACAGUCAUGUGGGGCCUCAUCAGCAGCAAGAUUGGGCUCAAACUCAACAGAGGGCCAACCAUUGGGCAUCAGAUCAAACUCCGGCAAAACUUCAAACACCUGCCAAUGCCUGGGCUCCUGUCAACUCCUCUUCUCAGCUUCAUCCCCAGCCAACAACAAAUAGUUGGAGUCAGCAGCCAUCACAACCCCCAGUGAGUAUGCAGGCCACCAGUCCUAAAUACAGCCCACAUCAAACUCCCUCAUCCUCAAGGAAGUUAGAAAGUACUCACAACUCAGUUGCCUUUUGUCAACCACAAGCAAGGAAGUCAAACGGCCAUGCAUCCAAAGCAUCACAGGCUUCUCCAAGGGGUCCAGUCUCAGACAAAGGUACUAAUCGGGCUGGCAAUGGUCCAACUAUGGCAGGAAAAGGUGCAGAGUUGUUUGUGAAAAGACAGUCCCGUAUGGAAAUGUUUGUUGUCAAUGCUGAAACCGUGCAAGCUAACAAAACAAGAUCCCCCUCCCCAACCCCAUCACUCCCUAACUUCUGGAGAUAUUCUUCCAUCGUUCGUGCCCCACCUGCUUCAUCAUACAAUCCCCUUAUUGCUCCUUUCUAUCCUCCAUCAGCAGCCAAGCAACCCCCUUCCACAAGCCCAAAAAUCAAGCCUAAGAGCAAAGAGAAGCCUAAAGCAGCACCAAAGCACCUCGAUCCCUUAGAUAUUAUGAAACGCCAGCCUUAUCAAUUGGACUCUUCACGAUAUAAAUAUGAGGCAGUACCUGAGGCCAAAAGCCCCAGUCCUAAACUGACUCCAGCAUCAAAGUUUGAGGCCACCAAAAGCCUGAGACAUAGAUCUGCCCAUUCUCAUUCUCCUUAUAACGCCUCUGAGCUUGUUGUUGAAAGCAAGGCAGAAGUUCCUGCUAAGUCUUCUGUAUCGGGCUUUGGAAGAAGCCACUCCUUGAGCCUUCCCAAGCGAUUGAAUUCAAUGCCUACUCCCAGACUUCUGUCACCUGCGAGCACACCUGGAAUCCAAUCAUCAUUUUUACCAACACAGAGGCAAAUGUCCUUUCAAGAAAAAGGCUACAAGCCACUGUUACCGUGGGAGGCGGCAUCCAUAAGCCUAAUUGGUUCAGUGGAUGAUGCCUUUGUGUUUCAGAGCCUCCCGUCAUCUGUUGCCUCGAAUGUCAAAGCUGCAGGGCACCGUAGAUCUCUGCCAGGGCCUCCAGUUGAAUGGAAGCGCAGAGUGUCUCUUGAUCCUGCACCUGUUAGCAUGGGUCAUUAUCAUGCGGCCCCAGCUUUUCAGGCACCGAUCAUGAGCAGGACAUUUUCACCUGAGAGACCAGCCUUCUAUGGGCCUCCCUUCAGACCUGCACAGCCCCUGAGGCCCUAACAGGGCCAGUAUUGGAUACAUGGGACAAGGCUCAAGUCCAACUAAGUACUCCCCAAUGUCUACUGCAGUCCAGAAGAGUUAACACCACUAAGGUCAGACAUACAUCCGAUGAAGAGAAGUAUAUUUUUAAACAAACAUACAUAUGGUCAAAAUAUAUUAGACAUUGAACACAAAAAAAGUUAAUUUGGCUUAAAGAGAUGAAAAAUGUUUGUUAUAUUGUCACUAAAAUAGGUUCAAGCUUCUCAAGUAAGACUGAGACACAAUUUAUUAGAUUUAUUUAAAGUUGCUGAUAGAAGUGAUAAAAGUUAAUAUCUUCAUGGUACGAGUGGCCACUUGGUUCCCCGCAACUAUUGUGUUGUGUUACUGGUGAGAUAUUACCCUGCUUAGAAUUGAUGGGAGAUUUUUGCCAUCAUUGAUAAUUGGAUAUUUCUCAGUCAUUAUGUUUUUUCAGUUUGUUUUAGACUAAUCGAGUUGAGAAGUGAAUCAGAAAAGUGUCAUGAGAGCCAAAGUGAACGGGAGUAGAUAAAAGAAAUGUUUGAUGGAUUGAUGCUUCUUUUUAUGUAGAUUGAUGUUUCUCAUCUUUACCAUAUUGGUUAUACAUAUUUAUAGAGAAAUAAGGCACUCUGGUUGUGUGACUUUUCCGAGAUGUAUCUUUACUGUUACUUAAAAAGUCACUGUGAAUUUGAGAUCACUUCUGCACAUGUCAAAAUUGUAGACAACGAGAACGAUUACAGGUGUUACUCAUCUUGUUUUAAUCUGUCUUUUUUCUCACUGCUAUUGCAGUGGUGAUAGCAAGUUUAUUAAAGGGAGUAAACCAUUUUUAGUCAUCUGCCGCACUUUCUAGCUGCUAGAUGACACACAAAGAAAAACAUAAAUGAAAACAUGCAAUACGUGUUAGAUUUUUUUAGAACUGAUCACUGAUCACUGAUGUGAUAUUUUAGAUGGAUUUAACCUUUUUUAAAUCCAUCCAUUGUGUUUUUAAGUCAAGAGGACGAAAUGUUGCAUGCAUACAUACUUGACGUAUCCCACCUUUGAUCACACACUGUGGUGUUAAAAUAUAUAAACAGAACAACAUAUUCUACCAUUGAGCAGGGUUUCAAUAUGAAUGAUGUAGUCAUGUUUUUUGUUAAUUUUACCUUGUCUUUCAUAAUUUUCUUGAAGAAAAUGUUUUUGCAGCUUUUCAAGACAAAGUGAAAAAUUAAAAGAAAACACUCAGUC